AUUACCUAUUACGUGGACAUUUAUUAUUAGGCAUUGAUUAAACCAAAACAAUGUGUAAGUGGGCUUUUAAAGUGAAACACAUUUUUUACUCUUUCUAGAGAAAACAAUGUUUCACUUCCGGGUUGAAACUCUGUCGCUGUCGUCUUUACUGCUGUCGCUUCUGUUCUUAGUCCGUGACUCAUAUUCGGCCAAAUCUAUUCUUUUUAUUUUUUUUUUUUAUUUUUUUUUUCUUCUGAUGACAUUGACUUUAUCAGAAAAUAGUCGUAAUGUUGAUGAAAACGGGCGUGGACGGGUCCCUGUGGGCUUUGGGGACGCUGCGACUGGUUGUUCUGCUGAGCCUGUGUGUGUUCAUUAGUUUCUCAGCAGCAGCAUCUUCUGCUCAGGAGGAGGACAGUGCCAUGGAGAACAUCGUUACAGAGAAGAAGGCUGAGGAGAGCCACAGACAGGACAGCGCAGACCUGCUCAUCUUCAUCCUGCUCCUCACCCUCACCAUCCUAACCAUCUGGCUCUUCAAGCACCGGCGCUUCAGGUUCCUGCACGAAACCGGACUGGCCAUGAUUUACGGCCUUAUUGUCGGGGUGAUCUUGCGUUAUGUCGUUCAGGUCCCUCGCGAUGCCAGCGUCGUCUCGGCGAACUGCUUUGUUAACGCCAGCCCCGCCACCCUGCUGGUUAAUGUCAGUGGCAAAUUUUACGAGUACACCUUGAAAGGGGAGAUCAGUGCCAGCGAAAUCAAUGACGUGAAAGAUAACGAGAUGCUGCGGAAGGUUACGUUUGAUCCUGAGGUUUUCUUCAAUAUUCUGCUCCCACCCAUCAUCUUUCAUGCAGGCUACAGCUUGAAAAGGAGACAUUUUUUCCGGAACAUGGGCUCCAUCCUGGCUUAUGCGUUUGUGGGGACAGUCAUUUCCUGUUUUAUUAUUGGGUUGGUGAUGUACGGCUGUGUCAUGCUGAUGAAGCGGUUGGGCCAGAUGGGUGGAGACUUCUUCUUCACUGACUGUCUAUUCUUUGGAGCCAUCGUCUCAGCAACAGACCCGGUGACGGUCCUGGCUAUCUUCCACGAGCUGCAGGUUGAUGUGGACUUGUAUGCGUUGCUGUUCGGGGAGAGCGUGCUCAACGAUGCCGUGGCCGUGGUUCUGUCCUCGUCUAUUGUUGCAUAUCAGCCGCAAGGAGACAACAGCCACACCUUUGAGGUCAUGGCCCUGCUGAAGUCUUUUGGGAUGUUCCUUGGAGUUUUCAGCGGCUCCUUCUCUCUGGGAGUGGCCACGGGAAUCGUCACAACUCUCGUGACAAAGUUCACCAAACUGAGGGAUUUCCAGCUGCUGGAGACGGCUCUGUUCUUCCUCAUGUCCUGGAGCACCUUUCUGCUGGCUGAAGCUUGUGGCUUCACAGGUGUGGUGGCGGUACUCUUCUGUGGCAUCACUCAGGCCCACUACACCUUCAACAACCUGUCCCCCGAGUCUCAGAACAGGACGAAGCAGCUGUUUGAGCUGUUAAAUUUCCUGGCAGAGAACUUCAUUUUCUCCUACAUGGGUCUGACCCUGUUCACCUUCCAGAACCACAUCUUUAAUCCCAUGUUCAUCGUUGGAGCUUUUCUGGCCGUGUUCCUGGGAAGAGCUGCUAACAUCUACCCUCUGUCAUGCCUCCUAAAUCUUGGACGAAGUAACAAGAUUACAUCCAACUUCCAGCACAUGAUGAUGUUUGCAGGCCUGCGAGGUGCGAUGACCUUUGCCCUGUCUAUCAGGGAUACGGCCACGUACGCCCGGCAGAUGAUGUUCUCCACCAAUCUUCUCGUGGUUUUCUUCACUGUCUGGAUUUGUGGUGGUGGCACCACUCAGAUGCUGUCUUGUCAGCGGAUACGAGUGGGAGUUGACUCUGAUCAAGAACACUCUAUGAGUUUCACUGACGGAUCUGAGAGGAGAAGCACCAAACAAGAAAGUGCCUGGCCUUUCAGAAUUUGGUACAACUUCGACCACAACUACCUGAAGCCCAUCCUGACUCACAGCGGCCCCCCGCUCACAACCACACUUCCAUCCUGCUGCGGCCCCCUCGCUCGCAUCCUCACCAGCCCUCAGGCGUAUGAGAAUGAAUGCCAGCUGAAUGACGAUGACUCUGACCUCAUCCUGACAGACGGUGACAUCAGCCUGACGUAUGGUGACAUCACGGUCAGCACAGGCGUCACAGGCGCCCACACCAGCGGCGGCCCAGCCAUGGAUGACCUGGACAGAGAGUUGGCAUAUGGGGAUCACGAACUGGUGAUGAGGGGCACCCGCCUGGUGCUGCCCAUGGACGACUCGGAGCCGCUGUUCAAGGACCACCUGCGGAUGUGAAAACCAGGUUUUGGCGCAGCCACAGUCAACCGUCCAGUACAAACUGACCCGAGCCAUUGAGCAAAAGACGAGUACCUGGCUCUCCUUCUUUCACUCUUCCAUUUUUUCUUUUGCACUUUGCCUUUUCUCCUUUUUUCCCAUUGCUCAAUUCCUCUAUAGGCAAAUCACUGACUCUACCUCAUUCUCUUUCUGCUCAUUUUUACAAUUCUCUUACUUCAAUCAUUCCUAUUUUUUUUUUUUUUUCACAUUUGUGGCUCCUGUCAGUCACCUUACUGUAGCAUCGCAGCAUGAGUUCGUGAGUAAAUGCAAACGCCAGUA